AUGGCAGACGUUUCUUUGGACGAAGUGAUCCGACAGCGCGGCAUUAAUGUUAAGGCAAUUGUAAAGCGACCAACAUUUGGUCGAGGUGCUGGGGGAGUCGGUAAAAGUUUUGAUGCCAGGCAAAAGAUUGGAACAAAUGAUGUGCGACACCGCAUGGGUGGAGCAGGUGCUGCAGGUGCUACAGGUUUUCAAAUGAAAGAUGCCAGAGAAAAGCUUGGGCAAAAAGAUGCUCGUUUUAAAAUCCGUGGCCGAGGUGGAGCAGGGGGUGUGCAAGACGCUCGUCAAAUGAUUAACUCACGCAAACAAGGACAAAUUCAAUACAAUCCCGGGAAUCCCCCAACGCAUGCUUUACCACCUCAGCUGCAGAGCACAAUGCCAUCUCAACAGAUCCACCCAAACAUGAGUGUUUCUACAAGUGCCAACAACACAAGGCAUUUUGCAGGUCAAGGACAGAAUGUAAGGGAUGCUCGAGACAGACUAAGCCUGAAAAGAAGCUUUGGUGGAACACAGCCAUCUGAAAAGGCAGGAAUACCAUUCAAAAUAACAAAGACCAUUCAGCAACGGCCAGUGGGAUUGUCAAGUGGGACAGGCGCAUCCACUCAGCCUCUUGCAAAUGAUGUCGCAGCUAGUAAACAAAUAAAGAUCACAACUUCUAAUGACAUUCUAUCAACCAGGGGGAGUGGUAUGCGUUCUCAGUUCUCUUUGUCUUCACCAAUCACAAAAGUGGUGAAAAAUGAUGCAUACACAGCACCCCGUCCUCCAGUGCCGGUGGCACCCACACGACCAAGCACCAGCACGCCUGCAUCUCGGCCUUCUGGCGCAGCCUUACAGCAAGUCUCCAGAACUCUUCAGCAAAGCACAACUGCCCCAAGUACAGCAGCAGCUGCUCCACUGCCUACAUUUAGUCCAUUAGAGGGAACAAAAAUAACCGUGAAUAAUUUGCAUCCUCGGGUCACUGAAGAGGACAUUGUUGAACUCUUUUGUGUAUGUGGUGCCUUAAAGCGUGCACGGCUAGUGAAAGUGGGCGUGGCGGAGGUGGUGUUUGUCCGCAAAGAAGAUGCUGUUAGUGCUUAUAGGAAGUAUAAUAACCGCUGCCUUGAUGGUCAGCCCAUGAAAUGUAAUCUUCAUAUUCAGGGAAAUGUCAUCACUUCUGAUCAGCCCAUUUUAUUGAGACUGAGUGAUACGCCUGGCAGUGGCAGCUCAACAAAGAAAGAUGGUCUCCCCCUGUCCUUGUCACGCCCCGCUGGUCAGCGAGCCUCCACUCAGCCCACUCCAGAGGUGGAUCCUCAGACUAUUCUCAAAGCUUUGUUCAAGUCCACUGCUCAGUCCCCGACCACUCCUGAACCCCCCAACUCACAGGCUACCGCUUUUCGCAUAAAGAUUUAG